AUGCUACUUGUGGUGGUCCGCGUGACGUUCUGCGUGGUGUCAAAACGUUUCCGCAAGAACUAUAUACACCGGUUUACAGCGACGAGGUCGCUGUUCUGGUAUUCGCCGUGGUCGCCUGUGAGGCGAGCAUGUGUCUACUUCUCUACAAAUCAGUACUUCGACUACUUCGUUAUGGCAACUAUACUGUUCAACUGUGUCUUCCUCGCCAUGUCGGAGACUGUCGAAGAAGCUGAGUACAUUUUCCUGGCGAUCUACACAGCAGAGAUGAUAAUUAAGUGCAUAGCUAAGGGAUUUAUAUUAAACAAAUACACGUACUUACGAAAUCCAUGGAAUUGGCUGGACUUUGUCGUCAUCACGUCAGGGUACGCCACUAUCGGUAUGGAGGUUGGCAACUUGGCUGGCCUGCGGACCUUUCGAGUGUUGAGGGCGUUGAAGACGGUUUCUAUUAUGCCAGGUCUAAAAACUAUCAUCAACGCACUCCUCCAUUCAUUCAAGCAACUGGCAGAAGUAAUGACGUUGACUAUCUUCUGCCUGAUGGUGUUCGCCCUCUUCGCGCUACAAGUUUACAUGGGGGAACUGAGAAAUAAAUGUGUGAAGAAUCUUGUCGUGCCCCUAGGGGAAAACUUCACUGAUGAGCUUUGGUCAGCAUGGAUUAAAGAACCAACAAACUGGAUGAUGACUGAAAACGAAGUGCCGAUCAUCUGCGGGAACUUGACAGGAGCCCGUCAUUGUCCCGCAGACUACACGUGCCUAUGUGUGGGACCAAAUCCCAACCAUGGUUACACGAACUUCGACAACUUCCUCUGGUCUAUGUUGACCACCUUCCAGCUUAUUACGCUUGAUUAUUGGGAGAAUGUUUAUAACAUGGUGCUGUCCUCGUGUGGUCCCAUGUCAGUAUCGUUCUUCACAGUGGUGGUAUUCUUCGGUUCGUUCUACCUCAUCAACCUAAUGCUCGCCGUAGUCGCCCUCAGCUAUGAGGAGGAGUCACAGAUUACUCAAGAAGAAAGAAAAAAAGACCUGAAUGAACAUCGUGACGACUCCACGUUCAGCUUCGAUCCAACGUCGUUGGCUGUUAGAACGCUUGCGAAGGAUUCCCGCAAGCGUAUCGACGCCCGGAAAGGGUUGCUACUUGCGUCAUACUCACGGAAAAGGACAAGAAGACGUAAACGUGGUAAAAGUGCUAUUCAUCACGCGGCUGCAGUUGCUACUGUGGCAGAGAGCGAUGCAAACCGGCGGUCGCAUUCGCGGUCGCGGUCGCGGUCCGUGAGCCCCAGUGCGUCACCCCCGCAGCCCGCGCCCGCGCCUCCACCUGCUCCUCACACCCUGCACCCAGACAAUGCAUUAGGUCGAGGGGCACUCAGCGCCGCUGGUCGGCAACUAAGUGACCACAGUAAUAACCGAGAGUCUUCAUUAGAUGACUCAGGGGUUGUGGAUGACCACGAUGAGGGGGAGCACACGUCGGAUGACCAAGCUUCUCAUCCACAUCCACACCCUAGAAGACAUCUGCAUCUAAUACACCCACCGCAUCAGCCGACACAGCCGCCGCAAAUACAAGUUGCGCAAGAGAGGAAAACAAUACAAGAGCCGAAAACUAAAACUCCGCCUAAACCCGCAAAGGCUGUGGAUAAACCAAAAAAAGCCGAGAGAUCUAUUCAAGAAAAGUAUCCACUGAACCCAGAUUACCUCAGCCAGAUCGUGGUUUUAGGGGCGGACUGGCCAUACAAGCGCGCACCCGACCUCCCGCAAGCGGAGACGACGAAAAUUAAUGAGCUCAGUAUAUUGGCAGCCACGCACAAAACUCAUAUGGGCAAUUUCGAGCAAAAUUGCACUUACUUCACAGAUGAACUGCUAGACAGGAAUUGUGAGUGCUGCGUCAAUUGCUGUAUAGAUUACGAUGGAUGGCUUCAGUGCCAGAACUGCUUGUAUGGAAUAGUGAAGGACCCAUUGUUCGAGUUGUUUAUAACAACUUGCAUUAUUCUCAAUACACUUUUCCUGGCUCUCGAGCAUCAUGGUAUGAGUGAGAAUGUUAGGCAGGCAUUAGAUAUAGGAAAUAAGGUGUUCACGUCGAUAUUUACUUUAGAAUGUAUAUUGAAAGUGAUGGCGAUGAGCAAGGAUUUCUUUGCUUGCGGCUGGAAUAUAUUUGACCUGAUCAUAGUGUCGGCAAGUCUGUUGGAUCUUAUAUUUGAGCUCGUUGAUGGUCUAUCCGUAUUGCGAGGACUGCGGUUGUUGCGAGUGUUAAAGUUAGCUCAAUCAUGGACUACAAUGAAAGUGUUAUUGAGUAUUAUAAUAUCGACAAUCGGUGCUCUUGGUAAUUUGACGUUCGUGUUAGUGAUAGUUAUAUACAUAUUUGCUGUUAUCGGCAUGCAACUCUUCUCUAAGUCAUACACGCCGGAUAAGUUUGACCCGGACCCCGUACCCAGGUGGAACUUCAACGAUUUCUUCCACUCGUUCAUGAUGAUAUUCCGGAUUCUGUGCGGAGAGUGGAUCGAGCCAUUGUGGGACUGUAUGCGUGCUGAGCAGGCCACCGGAGCAGAGAGUUGCUUCUUCAUUUUUUUGCCAGCACUCGUUAUGGGCAAUUUCAUGGUGCUCAACCUCUUUCUUGCCUUACUGCUCAAUAGCUUUAACAGUGAGGAACUUAAGAAUAAAAAAGAGGAAGUUGGUGAGGAUUCAAAAUUAGCUAAAAGUUUCGAUAGAAUACGUUCUAUAGUAAGAAAAAAAGGUUUCCUUAUAUCGAGAAGCAAAGAGACUGAAAAAAAAUCUAAGUUAGAAGAGCUAGUUAACGAAUUUAUGUUACAACAACGCGCUAUGAAAGAGAAAAAGGCAUCAAUAACGAGUGAAUCGAGGUAUUCAGCAUCUGUACAGGAGACCAUCUUGUUUCCUCACGACAAUAUAUAUAGCCGUAGUUAUCAAGAAGCGUUGAAUAGACCAAUAUCAGUAGGGACAGACUUCACUUACCCGCAUCUUUACCAAACGGGAAAUAGCUUUAAUCACGGUAGUCAAGAAACUUUAAAAGACGUUCGUGACUUGGCAACGGAACACAAGAUAACUAGCAUUAGAGAGGAUUCUAAAGAAAAUCUCGAGGACACGUCUCCAACAGAACAAAUUGUUGCCCAAAAAUUAUUAAACCAGAUGUCUUCAGGUUAUCAUACACAACCCUCUGAUUCGAGAGAUGAAAACGAGCACUACGAAAUGGCGCAACUAUCAAGUAAAACAACGCCUGAAAAAACAAGACGUCCGAGAGAAGAACCACCAAACACUUUAUGUGGAAGAAAAAACUCCAAGGGUCAAUAUGCUGAUGCAAUGGGUAAUUUUCCUGGAUUCGGGAAAAUGAAAGAGCCGAAAGUACCCCAGGACUGUUUUCCACGUCAAUGUUACGAUGCGAGUUCUUGUUGGGAUGCAUGUAUUCGAACAAAAUUGGGUCAACGAUGGAUGUUCAUUCGUACCUACAUACUUCGGUACGUAGAUACUCCUGCCUUCGAGUGGUUUGUCUUGGUGCUAAUCUUCGCGUCGAGUAUCACGCUGUGCUUUGAAGAUAUCCACCUCGAGAAGAAUAAGCCGCUAAAGAAGAUACUGUACUGGACAAACUUGGGGUUCUGUAUGAUUUUCGUCAUUGAAAUGUUCCUCAAGUGGAUAGCAUUGGGCUUCUUCAGAUACUUCACCAGUUUCUGGACUUUAUUAGAUUUUACCAUCGUAUUCGUUUCAGUUUUCAGUUUGUUGAUUGAAGAAAAUGAAAAUCUAAAAGUGUUAAGAUCGUUGAGAACAUUGCGUGCAUUGAGACCUUUGCGCGCGAUAUCGCGGUGGCAGGGCAUGCGUAUCGUAGUGAACGCUCUCAUGUACGCUAUACCUAGUAUCUUUAAUGUAUUGUUAGUUUGUUUAGUUUUUUGGUUAAUAUUUUCUAUUAUGGGAGUCCAGUUUUUUGGCGGAAAGUUCUACAAAUGCGUCGACGAUGAAGGAGAGUUGUUGCCUUUAGAGGUAGUUACUAAUAAAUGGGAGUGUUAUUAUAAUAACUUUACGUGGAUAAAUUCGAAAAUUUCAUUUGACCACGUUGGUAUAGCAUAUCUAGCGUUAUUUCAAGUCGCAACGUUUGAAGGAUGGAUGGAAGUGAUGGCUGAUGCGGUGGACGCUCGAGGAGUGGACCUACAGCCAGAGAGAGAAGCUAACCUCUACGCAUAUAUUUAUUUUGUAAUAUUUAUUGUUUGUGGUUCAUUCUUCACGCUUAAUCUGUUUAUAGGAGUUAUUAUAGACAAUUUUAAUAUGCUCAAGAAAAAGUAUGAAGGUGGAGUAUUAGAAAUGUUUUUAACAGAAAGUCAAAAGCAUUACUAUACAGCGAUGAAGAAACUUGGUAGAAAAAAGCCCCAAAAAGUAAUAAAAAGGCCUCGUAACCAGUUUUUAGCCAUGUUCUACGACCUAUCAAACUCGAGACGAUUCGAAAUUGCUAUUUUUGUUCUUAUCUUUUUGAACAUGCUUACUAUGGGAAUAGAACACUAUGAUCAGCCUCAUUCCGUAUUCUUUAUUUUAGAAGUCAGUAAUGCGUUUUUUACUACCGUAUUUGGUUUAGAGGCAAUAGUGAAAAUAAUAGGUCUUCGAUACCACUACUUUACUGUGCCGUGGAAUGUAUUCGAUUUCCUGUUAGUAUUAGCGUCAAUUCUUGGGAUAUUAAUGGAAGACAUCAUGAUAGACCUGCCGAUAUCACCUACAUUACUGCGAGUAGUUCGAGUUUUUCGAAUAGGGAGAAUUUUAAGACUGAUUAAAGCCGCUAAGGGUAUUAGAAAACUGCUGUUCGCUCUAGUAGUAUCUCUCCCGGCACUGUUCAACAUCGGAGCUUUGCUAGCGCUCAUCACUUUUAUUUAUGCUAUCAUUGGUAUGUCUGUUUUUGGGCACGUCAAGGAGCACGGUGCCCUCAAUGAUAUUGUCAACUUUCAAACCUUUGGAAGAAGUAUGCAAUUACUUUUCCGUUUGAUGACAUCAGCCGGGUGGAACGACGUUCUAGAAUCCUUAAUGAUUUCACCCCCCGAAUGUGAACUAGGGGAACAUGGCCAUAAUGGCAACUGCGGUAGUCCCCUUCUGGCAAUCACCUAUUUCACCUCUUUUAUCAUCAUCAGCUACAUGAUUGUCAUCAAUAUGUACAUAGCUAUUAUUCUGGAAAACUUCAACCAGGCCCACCAAGAGGAAGAGAUUGGUAUAGUCGAGGAUGAUCUUGAGAUGUUUUACAUUCGAUGGUCAAAGUACGAUCCACACGCAACUCAAUUCAUAAGUUUCGCUCAAUUAUCAGACUUCAUUGCUUCGUUAGACCCUCCGCUAGGCAUUUCAAAACCCAACACAGUGGCUUUAGUAAGUUUUAACCUGCCAAUCGCAAAAGGCAACAAAAUACACUGUUUAGACAUACUACACGCUCUCGUCAAACAUGUCUUGGGGCAUGUUGAAGAAACUGAGACAUUCAGACAACUUCAAGAGCAGAUGGAUAUUAAAUUUAAAAAGCAGUUCCCUACAAGAAAGGAACUUGAGAUAGUUUCCUCGACCAGAAUAUGGAAAAGAGAGGAUAAGGCAGCGAGAACUGUACAACGAGCAUGGAGGGAUUAUGUGAAGCGAAAGAAUCGCAGUCCUUCAAAUGAAGAAGAGAGCACGAAGUGGUCUCCAGGUGGGGGCUGGGGUGGUCGGCUUAGCGCGUUACUGCACGUUCGAAGAGGAUCACAUGCAUCCAGUCGAAAGUCUUCGCGAGCUUCUGAUGCAUCAGACGUCAGUGAGUUAGGAGGAGCCUGGUUAAAUUUACCAUUACUGUUAUUGCCGGGAGCCACACCUGGUGAACAGGCAAGCGGUUCAGAUACAGCGCCUCUCCGACGACGAUCCGCAUAUGGGCUGCCGAUCUUUCUACGACAUCAGGACGCGGUGGAUGAAGAGACUGGACCGAAACGCGCAGGUUCCCUUCGACUAAGCUCUCGGCGCAGUUCAACGCGGCGUAUGACCCCGCCCGCUCGUGCACGUACGCCAUCUCCUCAGCAACAAACACCAGUAACACCAACCGCAACAGAGGCCGUUCCUGAGCAAGCGACACAACCUAACAACAGUGCAGUGAGCAUACUUGUGACUGAAGCUUCGCCGGACGCUCCGCCCCCGCCUGCAGCUCCGCCGACUAUUGUUCGUGUUCUUGUGCAUCGGGAAUCCGAAGAACGACCCGACUCCCGCCCCAGCUGA